GUGGUUCAGCUCAGUCAGGGGAAAAAAUACCGAGUUUAACCGCAGGCAGCCUGAGGCAAUGGAGGCAGGGCUGGAGGAGGCGGAGCGCAGCAUCGAAGCCGCACAAAGGUGCCUAAAAUGUGGUGACCGGGAGGAGGCCUUGCAGUAUCUGUACUGGGCGCAACAGAGGUAUCCGACUCAGCGAGCGAAAGCACUAAUCGAAUUAAUAGUUAGAAAUGGAAGUUCAGAUGAUUGGAACUGUGAACCGGAUGCAGCUAAUGUUCCUAGUGAGUCCAGUAGAUUGAAAAGAUGUGUGAAUGGAAAUAAGCCUGCAAGAAUCAGUGAAGCUGCCAAGAGUUACACUCAAGAGCAGCUGGAGGGUGUGCGGAGGAUAAAAAGAUGUAAGAAUUACUAUGAAAUUCUGGGAGUUGGUAGAAAUGCGGAUGAAGACGAUUUAAAGAGGUCCUAUCGGAAACUGGCAUUAAAGUUUCACCCUGAUAAAAACUGUGCCCCUGGUGCAACGGACGCAUUUAAAGCAAUUGGAAAUGCAUAUGCUAUACUGAGUAACCCAGAGAAAAGAAUACAAUAUGAUCAAUGUGGCGAGAAACCACCAACUGUCCGUACUCCUUAUGCCAACUAUUCGAAGUAUUACCGAGAAUUUGAAGCGGAUAUAACGCCUGAAGAUUUAUUCAACAUCUUCUUUGGUGGAAGAUUCCCUACAGGUAAUAUUCACGCCUAUGCAAAUGGAAGGACAACGUACACGCAUAUUUACCGUCGGCGCCGCCGUAUGAAUGAUAGGAUGGAAGAGGAAGAACAUGGCGAUAGAACUAAGGGAACAUAUUCAGUAUUUUUGCAGCUGUUGCCAGUUUUUAUAUUAGUACUUGUGUCACUUGUAGCCCAAUUGACAGUGACUAUUCCUCCUUACAGUCUUUACUACAAACCGUCAUUGGGCCAUAUUUUGUCCAGAGAAACUGAACGCCUUAAAGUAGAAUAUUUCGUUGACAAAGGAUUUGAGAAGGACUACCAAGGCAUAGCACUGCAAAACCUGGAAAAUAACGUUGAGAAGGACUACAUUGAUCACCUUCAACAUAGCUGCCGGAAGGAAAAACAGCAAAAAACUGACUUGCAGAAUUUGGCCACUUUAUACAGGGAUGAGCGCCUGAAGGAGAAAGCUGAAUCUCUUAAGACAGAGAACUGUGAAAAAUUGUCCAGAAUUGUUGAACUUCAAAGAGGAGGAUGACAACAAAUUUAGUUCACAGAACCUGGAUUAAAAUCAGUGAAGAAGGUCUAAAACUGUUUAAUAUCAGAAACAAGCAUAUUUGAAACCUGAAUGCAUUUUUGAAAAAUAUUUCUAUUCAUUCAGAGUGAUUCUAAAGGAGAAGCUAUGACUGUUGUAUGGGAUUAUUGGCUAAUUUAAUUUGUUUCGUAGCGUGCAUUACAUUAUUAAUUUUGGGUUAGUACAUCAUUUUUGGCUUGCACUCAAGGUGCAUUCAUUUCCUUACAAUAAGGGUAGAUGGUUUUAAUCCAUUCCUGUAAUUCUGUUUGUCAUCCAGCUCCAGUUUUACUGUUUAAGUUCAACAUUUUUACCAUGAAAAGUGUGGCUUUAUAGCAUGUAUUACUCGCCAGCUAUGGGGAGAUUUAGUAGGUGUUGGCUCAAAGGUAUUUUCAUUUUUACAGACAUUUUAAUUGUGAUUAAAGUGCAGUGUGUCAUUAAUAAUGUACUCUAUUCUGCCUUUCUGUCAAGCAUUUGGUUUAUCAUCAUAAACUUGUUGAAAUUGCCAUAUCUGAAACUCUAAAGUGUUCCAUAAAUGUUUUUUUUUUGUAAAUUUAUUGCCAUAAAGUAUGUGUGCACUAUGAAACUCCUGAAAUAGUGCUUAAGUGCCAAUUGAAGGACCAAUAGUUUUUGGACAGAGCUUUUGCUUUAUUACAUUCCAAAAAGUUCUAAGUCAAAGUCAGUACUUUUAUUUAUUGGAUUUGUGUUGCUGAAUGAAAUGCUUAAAAACAGAAUGCCUAAAUAAAAAUAAUUGUGAUAUUCUAAAUAAAUACAGAACUUUACUCAUUUUAAAGUUAAUAAGAACAAUAAUUAGAGUAUAAUUUUAAUAUCCAGGAGCCAUAUUCACAAAUGGGCAUGCAGUAUACAAAUUAACAGUAUGCUAUUUGCAUCUGUAUCUUUUAUAAAUAUGGCACCAGGUCUGUAACUAGUACAGGAAUUGGAUAUGUUGGCAUUAUUUAAUGUACAUAUUCAGAGUUGUAUUUAUUGAAACGAAUCAUACAAAUGAUUGUGAAAUUGCAUGCUGUAAAAUAUAAAUUUAAGUGGAAUAAACCCCGUGCACAUUUUUUAGUUGAAUUAUUGUCAUAUUUUGAGAAGACUGUAAACAAAUAUGAUCAAUUUAUAAGCACUGUAUGAUAUCUAACUUCAUAAUUUUAAAACUUUGUAGAUGCGGAAAUAAAAUUAUUUUUCAAUGGUGA